UGAAAUAGUUGCAGCGAAGCAGUGGUCUGAAUUAACAAUGGAGAAAACCGAAGUGAAUAACCCUGAAACACUAGAAGAUUUGAUUAAGAUUUUGCACGAGAAGUUUGCAAGUGAUUCCAUUAAUGUCGAUGAAGUGAAGAAUAUAAUGGAAGCUUAUAAAAGCAAUCCUCAGGAAUGGAAGAAGUACGCAAUAUUCGACCAGUACAGGUACACCAGGAACCUGGUGGAUAAAGGAAAUGGAAAAUUCAAUCUUAUUGUUCUCUGUUGGGGUGAAGGUCACGGCAGCAGUAUCCAUGACCACACAGACUCCCACUGCUUCAUGAAGAUGCUCCAGGGCCAGCUGAAGGAGACCCGCUAUGAGUGGCCAGCUGACAGCACGCAGACCGAGAUGAGGAUGAAGAGCCAGAGCAUCCUGCGUGAAAACGAGUGCGCGUACAUAAACGAUAGCCACGGCCUGCACCGGGUGGAGAACUUCAGUCACACGGAAGGAGCCAUCAGCUUGCACCUGUACAGCCCCCCCUUCGACAAAUGCCAGACCUUUGACCAGCGGACAGGACACAAAAACGUUGUCAAGAUGACCUUCUGGAGUGAAUUUGGAGAAAAGACUCCAAUUCAAACCGCAGCUUCGCAGGAAAACAACUAGGCACCCGAAGUCAAAGGCGACUGAAAACACGGCAGUGAAACACCGGGUGAACCAGGACUGGCAAAGGAAUUAUCAGCCAGUAAAGCAAAAACAAACACACUUUGACAAAUUGCAAGUUUCAGUCGAAAAGGAUGUGUCAGUAAUUAGUGCUGUUUUAUCAUGGCGCUGUGUGCGCUUGGCUAAUGCUGAUGAAUGCAGGAUGAAUGUGUGAAUAGCGGUAUUAGGUAGAGCUCUUAGUCUGCUUUUUGUUUGCUAGGCCAGAGAAGCCUCUUGCCAAUAACAGCAUUCCUACGUGUCUGUGAGCUGUGUAAUCACACUUUUGUACUGUUACGAGCGAUGGAAGUGGAUGAAGUGUAUAAUAUGAAGGCAGAAACCGAGCGUGUGUCUAGUCGCAGUCAUCCAUGCUGACAACAUGUAACUAUUAUCACCAGGCCUUCUGUUCUUUUACACACAAUCGAGCACUUUUCUUUCAUAUGCGUUGAUUUCUUUUUAAAUCAUUUUAACAUUCGCUUAAAUUGUACUGACAUAGCAAUUUGUGUAAAAAUGGCGAUUUAAACAUUAAAGAGCUUUUAAAUGUACUAUUUUAAAAUGCAAAACAGGCAAUUUAUAUUUACAAAACAGAUUAUUUUGGUGUUAUUUGUUAUUUGCGUACCGUGCCCAGACUUGUUUUCUUUUUGAUAAGUGUUAAGACGAGAUGAACUGUAGAUUUGAAUGCCUCCAAAAUAUUGAGAGGUUUAAAUACGGACUAUGUAUAUGGAAUGAGUUGUUGAAUGGCUCUCGUUCUUUCUCUCUCAGGACUUUUGCUAGUUUUAUAAUUGUAGCUAAAUUCACAAUGCUUUAUGCAGUGCAAGAGAAUAAAAUCAGUAUGUAUAUUAUUAGAGACAUGGAAUGACCUGCUGUGAGUGUAAAUCAUUAAAUAUUUCUUCUGUCAAAUAA